AUGUUACUCACAACCGUUACCCUUCUCUUUGCCGCACACGCUUUUGCUUCUCCAAUGCAAGUCGAGGAGAGACAAAGCUGUCCUAAGAUCCACAUCUUUGGUGCCAGAGAAACCACCGCUCCAGCUGGAUACGGUACAGCUGGCACAGUCGUCAACUUGGUUCUCAGCGCCUUCCCCGGCUCAACAGCUGAAGCCAUCGUCUACCCUGCAUGUGGUGGACAGUCAAACUGCGGUGGAAAGAGCUAUGCUGCAUCGGCUUUCGAAGGGACUGGGAACGUCGCGAAGACAGUAAAUGCAUAUAACACCAAGUGCCCUACCACUCAACUGGUGCUAGUUGGAUAUUCGCAGGGCGGUCAAAUCAUGGACAAUGCUUUCUGCGGCGGUGGAGAUACCAACAUCGGGCUUUCAGACACCAAGACACCCAUCCAAGAAUCAGCUAUCCAGAUGAUCAAGGCAGCAAUCUUCAUGGGCGAUCCACGCUACAUAUCUGGCCUCCCCUACAACGUUGGUACUUGCACAGCAAAAGGAUUCGCUCCUCGCCCAGCUGGCUUCACCUGCCCAGUCGCAGCCUCAGUGAAGUCGUACUGUGAUGCUGCAGAUCCGUAUUGCUGCAAUGGAAACGACGCCAAUGCGCACCAGCAGUAUGGAAAUAAGUAUGGACAAGCUGCUCUUACUUUUAUCAAGAGCAAGUUGACUACAUGA